AUGCCAUCUGGUGAAGAUACUUUUGAUAAACUCAUAUUUGAAUUAAUUUUAUCUAAAAUAUGGUCCAGCCAGUCGUUGUUCAUGUGGAAUAUUGCGGACGAUGAGGGUGCUACCGUAACUGGAAAAGUUGGACGACCCAGCUCAUUUGAAGUGACCAUUAACGAUAAACUCGUCUAUUCAAAACUGGAUAGUGGUCAUUUUCCUGCAUUCGAUAAAGUUGUGGAAGAAGUUAAAAAUGCUGCACAAGGUCGUGACGUUGAAGCUGUGACAGAACCAGACAAGAGUUCAUCUUGUUCUGUUAUGUAG